AUGCUUCAGACUUUCUUGCUAGCUUUCUUCUUCAUAGCGAGGGUGAGAUCACUUGAAGGUAAAAAUACCAUCAUAAAUGAAAAAUUUUCGACAUCGACCGUCAAACUCCUGAGCCCGAGUCUCGACGAGAAAAUUUUGCACCUUCUCCUCGAUAGCGCUCAAAAUGAAUAUGACCAAAGAGGGGUGAUGAAAAGUAUAUUUCUCACUAAAAAGAAAUUAAAUCACAGAACACGAGCAGAAUAGAUCAUCUUAUCACCGUGUGCAAAGAAGGAGAGCUUCCAUAUCCUUUCCCCAAAUUCCUGUGUCCCUUCGUAGACGUUUAUCUCAAAUAUGCUCACAAUACGUUUGACAGUGAUAAGGUCGGAAGUAAAAUGGGGAAACUAUUAAAUUAGCCCUUCAGACCCUUUACGAUAACAUGACAUCUGCGGUGGCAGCAAUCAACGAUGUAAAAGUAAGCUUAAGAACUAAAUCUUACGAGUCCCCAGUGUCUCAAUUGAUCAGAAUCAUCCUUGUAAUCAUUCGAAACAUCAGUCCGGCGUCGUCGUUUUCAUUCCUCAGAGAAUCGUCGUCGGCUGUGUCGAUUUAGUAAUUGCCGAGUUUAUUUAGAUAAGUCAAAAAACAAUUUUAAGCUGAACCAAAAAACGAUGAAAGAUGAUUUCAUGGUGGAAUUCCUGAUAGACCACCCUUUUCCUACGGCUAAAACUUGUGAAGAGGACAGUUCUCCGUGCGAACUCGAGGUCGGAUUCGUGGACGGCUACAUGCUUUACGAAAACCGAACUUGUUGCUGCCCAGCGGAAGAAUGUGCCUUGCUUCUCUACGACCAGGUGUUUUCCUAUCAUCGAAAGCUUCGCAAAAGUAUACUUCCUUCAGCCGGAACUUACUGUGGCUCCCCUGGUCUUUGAAUUGAUUAUUAUCGAUCCAAUGAUGUGGUAUCAUGUCAAGAAAAGAAGUAUCGACGAUUCUACUGGGAUAAGGAGAAAGCGUCAUUUUCAAGGUUUUUUCUUGAAAAAAGCUAGCCGACAUGGAAAGUUUAGAUGACAUGCGAUCAAACACUACUCCCGAUCACAACUCCGUUGUCGUAGCCAUAUCAUUUUGUGUACUAUUCUGCCUGUUAAUGUUAGAUUAACGCACCUACUUUGUUCAAUAUUAGUUUAGGGGGAUCUUAAGCUUCUAUCACGCACUGAACGACGACUUUACUCAAGAAGCGAUGUCUUAUGGGAUAGAAACCCUUGAUGUGAGUUAA